UACGUUUUAGAGAGAGAGAGAGGGAAGGGGGAAAGGCAAGGGGAGGCGGAGAAAAACACAAGGCUCUCAAGGAGAGAGAGAAAACCCUAGCUAGCUAGGCGCCGUCGCAACCUUGCUCCCGUCCGUCCGUACGUCGGAACGCAGCUAUGGCGGCUGUGGCGCUGCGCUCUCUCGCAAGGAAGGCCAUGCCCGCCCCGGCCACCCUCCGCCGGGCGCCGCCGCCAUCGCGCUCCCUCCACCGCCACAGCCUCGAGGAUAAGCUGCGUGGCACGACAUCUCCCAAGACUACAGCUCCUACUGAUCAAGGUCGAGUCAGUUAUUUUGAAGAAAAUCCUGAGCUUUUUGCUGAAUUGGUGAAACGAGAUGCAGCUCGGAGGAUGUUCACCAGGUUGGUGCUGGCGGGUGCUGCUUCAGCGUACGCUGGUGCCCUUUUCGUUGUGUCGUCUAUGCGCGAUAGCGUGAAGGAAGAGCUUCGCAAAAACAUCUACGACUAGGAGCUCUAUCGCCAGCUGGUGGCUACAUAUUUCUGUCUCUGUGUUAUCUAUGACUCUGCCCUGCUUAUCAUGGCUUGUUUAAUGUAACAUGGCAUUUCCUACUAAUCAUCGAUGUGUAACGUACCAUCGUACUAUAGUUGCACUCUAUAAUAGUUUGUGAUGGUUGGUUGGUAGUAACGCCGUUACUUCAUGGUAUUUUUGGAUAGACUGGUGAAUAGCCAAUACGGUUUCUAUA